ACAAUAACUCUACCGCUCUUUCGGAAACAGCUGCGGCCACUAGUACAGCUUUGUUAAACCCAGGGGCCCUACUAUAUAUAUAAACAACACCACACUCUAUUAUUUACACACAUCAACCAUUUUCAUCACACAAAAAAAUCUCAAGCAAAAAUGCGGAUGAGCUGUAAUGGAUGCCGAGUUCUUCGUAAGGGAUGUACUGAUGAUUGUAGCAUCAGGCCUUGCUUACAGUGGAUCGCUUCCCCCGAGUCCCAGGCUCACGCCACUGUUUUCCUAGCCAAGUUCUACGGCCGCGCUGGCCUUAUGAACCUCAUCAACGCUGGUCCUGAUCACCUCCGUCCUGCGGUGUUCAGGUCGCUUUUAUACGAAGCCUGUGGAAGAAUAGUGAACCCGGUUUACGGAUCGGUGGGUUUAUUAUGGUCCGGGAAGUGGCAGCUUUGUCAAAACGCUGUGGAAGCUGUUUUAAGAGGAGAUCCAAUCACACAAGUUGUUGCCAUCGAUGCUGCGGAGGCUAACAAUGGGCCUCCGCUCAAAGCUUACGACAUUCGACACGUUCACAAAGAAGAGAACAACAACGCCAACGAUCUUCACCGCGUGAGGAAUCGUUGCAAGUUCAAGAGGCCUGGAAAAGAGGCGAAUGCGUCGAGGAGUCACGAGUCGUCACUGAGUCAUCAGUCCGAGGCAGUGAUGAAUGGGGAAGGGGAGAGUAGAGAGACUGAGAGCUUCGUCACUGCGGAGACGGCUGAUGGGUCGCCGGGUUUGUUUGGAGCCGAGCCGCAGGGGCUUGGUGCAGGAGAGGAUCAUAAGGAAGCUGAGAGUGACGAGAUUGAGCUUGAGUUGACACUUGGGUUCAAGUGCGGAAGGAGUGUCUAGAGACUUAAGGAGUAGUAAUUAUUUUGAUCGGCUUUUAUUUUUAAUCAAUAGUGUACUUUUUUUGCCCGAAAUGAAAUGAUGUACAAAAUCGUGACCAUACAUGCAUAUAAAAAUGCAGGAGUAUUUAGGAGUAUAUGAUCACAAAGGGACAAAGAAAAAAGAAAUUUAAGUUUACAUUUAAUUCUAGAUAUAUCCAAUAUUCAAGUAAUUUUUAUUCAA